UAGAGUGUGUGUGCGAAUACUAACACGUAUUAUAUGUAUUGUAUAUACCGUCUCAUUCCUCGAUCUCAAUCUCAUAUAUAUCACAUUUGUUGAUGCUACUUGCUUCUCGUGAGCCGACCGUAUUACGGACUGUGAGGAAAACAAGCUCGCAUCGUGCGUAGUUUACAUUCGUGCAUAGCACUCGGCUCGCAGCAGGAAAAUCUCUAGAGAAAUCGGACACCCGAACUGUAGGAGAGGAGGAUCUUCACGCGCUACGACACAUUCACGGACGUUGUCAUUUGAAAACGGAAGCCAUCUUGUGUGUGGCCGAGUCUCCCAUAUUAUACGAGGAAUAAUAGUCGCGGCUAUUUGUUCCGAUAAAUUGCUACGUAUAUUUUCCAAUACAUCUAGACUAUGCAUGAACCAUUUUGCCACACGUUCACAUAGCCAUGGCUGCGACAAGAAAGUUGCAAGAUUGUGAUCUUGCAAAAGUAGUAGUUUUUCUAUAGAUUUCUUUGUGUUCUCUACAUCUCUCUAAUGAUAUCUCAACAUAUAUGUAUGUGUGAAAUAGAUCGGUGCCUUAAAAAAGUAACGGAAGGUGUAGAAACCUUUGAAGAUAUUUGGCAAAAAGUUCAUAAUGCCACCAACAGCAAUCAGAAGGAAAAGUACGAGGCUGAUCUCAAAAAGGAAAUUAAGAAACUUCAAAGGUUACGCGAUCAAAUUAAGAGCUGGAUCGCGUCGGGUGAAAUAAAAGAUAAGAGUACAUUGCUUGACUAUCGGAAGUUGAUUGAAACUCAAAUGGAAAGAUUUAAAGUUGUGGAGAGAGAGACAAAAACAAAGGCUUACUCUAAAGAAGGUUUGGGCGCAGCUCAAAAAUUAGACCCAGCUCAGAAAGAGAAAGAUGAGGUUACUAGUUGGCUCGCCAAUUCUAUAGACGCUCUCAAUCUGCAGAUGGAUACAUUUGAAUCGGAAAUAGAAUCAUUACAGGCGGGAAAGAAGAAAAGAAUAGAUAAAGAUAAGCAAGAUAGGGUAGACGAAUUGAAGACGAAGCUCGACAAGCAUCGCUAUCAUAUCCGUAAAUUGGAAACGUUAUUACGUAUGCUUGACAAUAUGUCCGUCGAAGUCAAUACAAUUAAGAGGAUAAAGGAUGAUGUCGAGUAUUAUAUCGAGUCUUCACAAGAUCCCGAUUUUGAAGAAAAUGAGUAUAUUUAUGAUGAUAUUAUCGGCCUCGAUGAAGUCGAGUUGUCCGGGGUUGGUAUACCCUCGUCAGCAACGACGGAUAGUAACAACAGCAACGAAACCGGAGGAACGCCGACUUCAACUAAUUCCUGUACUUCGCCUAUACCAUCACCAUCUUUGAGCUCAACUAUGCAUAAUCACUCGAGCGACAGCUCUACAGAUAAUGAUAAGAAAACAAAGCCUGUGAAACCGACAGCAGUCAGGCCGCUACUGAAUACACAAGCGAGCAUUCCAACCACGGGAAGCACUGCCACCAUAAAAUCGAACAUAUUAUCAAGUAGCACUCCCAGCAAAACCAUUCCCAUGACGCCUAGCCAUAGCUCGCCUAGUUCUACGAGUAAUCACAUUGCCACCACUAACGCCGGCAAUUUCGCCACUGUAGCUGCUUCGCACAGCAGUUCACAAACCAUCCAUUCUACCUCCAAUAAAACAUCCACCCACAACAACGAGAAUAGCCUCUUGUCGUCAUCGUCUACGUCCAGCGUUACGAAUGUGCCGCAAACAGUUACACAGCAGCAUAAUAGUAAUUCGGUGCCGGUACCAACGACACAUGUGCUACACAGUCAGCAGAGUCAGAAUCACAAUAGUGAAACGGAAAUUACCACGCCGAUACCACCGUCGUCAUCGCCACAAUCAUCGGUCAGCAGUAGAUCCUCGCCAAUACCUGCAAACUCCUGCUCGCCAGCACCGUCCACUGCCAAUGGUCUCAUCCCUAAGCUUCCUGAUGGGAACAUGUCCUCUUUAAAAUCCAUUGCCCAACAAGUAAUUGUCCGAGCAGGUCUCGAGAUACCGCCUUCCGAGCCGAAUAGAAACAUCUUUGACAGUACUAAGACGAACAACAACAACGCCAGCAAUGCCACGUCGGAAGCACACAUUCCUCCGUUGCUUGGAGUCGCGCCUCUGGGGCCUGUACCAUUGCAGAGGGAACAUCAACUGCAGUUCCAAAUGAUGGAGGCUGCGUACUGUCAUAUGCCACAUCCGUCUGACUCGGAAAGACUACGUUCGUAUUUGCCGAGAAACACAUGUACCACACCACCUUAUUAUCAGCAGGUUCAACUUCCUCAUUCGGAUACUGUGGAAUUUUUCCAACGUCUUUCUACAGAAACAUUAUUCUUCAUAUUUUAUUAUAUGGAGGGAUCUAAAGGACAGUACUUGGCGGCGAAAGCUCUAAAGAAACAAAGUUGGAGGUUUCACACUAAGUAUAUGAUGUGGUUUCAAAGGCACGAGGAACCAAAAAUUAUUAACGAAGAAUAUGAACAGGGAACAUACAUUUAUUUUGACUAUGAAAAAUGGGGACAAAGGAAAAAAGAAGGAUUUACUUUCGAGUAUAAGUACUUAGAGGACAGAGACUUGAAUUAAUAUUUCUGUCACUCGUUGAAUCUUCGAGAUACGCCAUUUCCGUACCGGUAUUGUGUUUCUGAAAUUUGGCAAAUGAUUGAUGUAAAAAAAAAAAUUCGAUAAAGAAUAUAACGGAAAAAACAAAAUAGAACAAAUUUAUGCAUAGAAGCCAAUGAAAGCAUUUCAUUACAUUUUGAAGCUGCGACGAUAAAAUCUCUCUUAAUUGUUCUUUCAAAGAAAAAACCAUUAACGAGAUAGAUGAAACGAAAAAAAGAAUGAAAAAUAAGAGAUUGUUUGGGAAAGAAAUCGAAACUAUUUGUAAAUGAUAAUGAUAUGAGAAAACAAAGAGAAGGGAAAAAGAUAGAAAAAGAAACAUUUACAUAAACAUAUGAAACAAUUCACUGUGCUGUGUGAUAAUAGGAGAGAAUGAAAAUGAGAAAGAGGGAAAGGGGAAAGGAUGAUAUACUUGCUGGCGACUGACUCUAUAAUACCAGUACAAACAUGCGUGCGGCCCUCCGCCGUUUGGCGGUAAGUGGAGGGCACUCAUGCUAUGGUAUGUCUUAAUGUUAGAUUAUAAGUAGCCUUUUUGUAUAAAGUGUAUCGAGGUAUAAAACCCUUAAAUUGAAUUAAUGUACAGAAUGUGUAGAAAUAGUGAAUAAUAAUAUUAUGGAAUAUAUUUUAUUUCUCAUUUGAAUGAAACCUAGUUGUGUUUCGAUUUUUAUCACAUACUAGCACAUCAUCUCACAGCCUAUAUUUGGAAAAACAUUCCAUCCAUCGUGAUUAGAUUGAUCGUGAUUCCUCCGCUGUCGCGAAAUAGGUUACUUAUAUACGCUCUAACGAUUGAUCUGAGGUCGGGGCUUGUCGAGGUUUAAGAUUAUGUACCGCGUUAUUAUUAAUAAGUAGCAUGGUAGGCUAAGCUAUUUUUCAUGCUACACUUUGCAGCUCUUAGAUUCGCAAUAUACUUUACAAACACAAGUUUACUACAAUCGAAUGACUUUUAUCACUAUCGAUAUGCAUGUGCGUAUCUGUUUUAUCAAGAAUUGCGCCGCGCGCGAAUUUAUUUAUUGUAAAUCGUCGAUAUAUUAUUGCAAUAAUGUUAAAUGAUAUGCAUUGAUAUAUUGAAUGAAUAUAAAUUGCUGAUAUUUCAAAGCACUAUUUCAAAAUAAAUCGAUUAACAUUGUUCCAGAAAGCAAAAAAAGAAGAGAAAAAAUUAUAUUUAUUAAUAUUUUCGAUGUACUAAUAUACCUUAAGUUACAAAAUGGCAUUGUUAUUGUUCAAGUAUUAAGAGUAAAAGAUAUUAAGGUACUUUUUUAUACAUUUUUUAUUUACAUGGCCUCUAUCAGAUUUUAAAUAAAUAUUAAAGAGAUUAUUAACUACGAGUGUGUUAAGUAUUACAAGAAUAAUAUAUCGGCAUUUGAGAUAAAUAAUUUCGCAUGUAAGAUCGUCACAUUGCAAAUCGAAGUGACACCUUUAUGGGUCGUUCACUAUCGCAACAGCCUUCGAUAACGAGAUUAAAUGUACAUCUCCCUCCUUCCCCCUAGUAAUAAAAACUAAGUUGAAAUUCUCAUAUGAUUAUUUAGCGGGAUAGAGAGAGGUAUGAUUUAAUUACAUCGUGUAAAGCGUAGCGUAUACAUAUAUUCUAAGCGGAUAUUCCUAUUGCAGAGAUUGCGACGAAUAAUAUUAUUUGCAUGACGGAACUGCACAAUCACGCAUUUUUCAAGUUUACUAAGUGAUCCAAGAGAUAUAUUAUUAUAUAUAUCUGUCAACACAGUAAAUACAUCAUAGCGAAUGUUUACGAGAUUUAUGUAUGUAGAAGUUUCUUAACAUCGACAGUAUAUGUAAUUAUGUAUAUAUUCAGACAUGUUGAAACAUAAGAUGUUGAUUUUACAGAAUAUUAAAAUUUUAAUUCUGAACAGCUUGUAUCGCAUUGAUAAUCGAGUUAAAUGCGUGAUGGGCACCCAAUUCGAGAAAUUGCAGCAUUUUAAUUGUGUUUCUUGCAAUGACAAGAUAACAACGGCAGAACACUGAAAUAUUCUCGAGAGAGAAAUGCACAUUUAUAUUUUUUAAUUUCUGCAAUACGCGAUUAGAUAAUAUGCAUUUUUAAGAAAAAUAAUAAGAAUCUGUUGCCACUUUAUACACGCGAUUAAUAAUUUCCUAAUGAUUAGAGAAUGCAGUGUAGUUGUAAAUUGGAAGGAACACUUAUUGUGGUGUACCGUAUUUUGUACUACAAAACCUUGUACAAUGAAUUUUACCGACUUUCUAUAGAGGUUUGACAAAAACAGUCGACUAUCGAUUUUACAAUAAUAGUCUAAAAACUGUACAUAUAUAACGAUCGUUAAACAUUUUUCUGCUAUAGAGACGAACGUGUUUUCCUUUGUCUGCAUUUCUUCUCGUAAAUGGGAUGAUAUUCUGCUUUGUGAUAACAUUCAUAUAGAAGCAUGCAAGAAGCGUGAAAGAAGACCUCUCUUUGUUGAAUAAUAACGAAUUUUGUCUUCGAUGCUUCGUUAAUUUCCCCCAACGCGUUCGCCGCAAAUGAUAAAAAAAAUUGUGAUUUUACUUAAUAUAUUUUUAUUGUGAUUCUUUGAGUGAUAUUUAAAUACCAUACUGCUCUCUGUGCAAAGACUACAAGUCGUUAAAAUACAGUACUAAUUUCUUCAAUAUAACAA